ACGCCAAGCAACACCAUCAUCGCCUCCGGCAGGCAACCCGAGUCUCCCCAUCGUCACCUCCAGCCACUUCACUUCCCCACCCUUCGCCGCCGGUGCUGCGCCGCUUGCUCGCCGCCUCCUAGAGCGGGCGGGGGACCACCAGGUACACCACUCCGUCCGUGCCCGGUGUUGUCUUCCCUUCGCCCCUCUUCCAGCUCUCCGAUUCCACCCGCGCGCCGGAGCUGGGAGGGAGGAAACCAGAUGCUGUUCUGUUGCUCUCUCUCGCCCCCGGGAAUCCAAACUUAUCCGCUCCCACCAUUCCAGCAGCAGAGCAGCUCCCCGCGGAAAGUACGCAGCUUCCGCCGGCACAAGAGCAGCAAGGCCGAGCAUCAAUAUUUCGGGGCGCAAUCUUUCCGGACCGGGGACCAACCCUUGCGUGCCCAAGCGCAUCCAGAUGGUGGCUACGGCCCUCCGGAGCAAGACCCUGAGGCGGAGGGGCACUCGCCAGGCUCCCCGGACGCGGAGACGCUUGCUUCCUGGCUGCGUUCUUGCGGCACCGUGGCCGAUGUUCGGCGAGUGCACGGGGUUGCUGUGCGGUCGCCAGAUGGUCCGGGGAUUUUUCUGGCUAAUAAUUUGAUCACUUCAUAUGCGAGGUUCCAUGAGAUUUCAGACGCGAGGAAGGUGUUUGAUGAAAUGCCUGAGAGGACUGUUGUGUCGUGGACGGCUAUGAUGAAUGGGUAUCAGAAAUCGGGCAACUACAGUGAGGUCGUCAGGCUGUUCUUGGAUAUGAUGGCCAGCGGGGAGCGAGGUAACAGCUUGAGUCUCGUUUGCCUGUUGAAGUCUUGUGGUGAGCAAUCCAAUGCUAAGCUAGGGCGGCAGGUCCAUUGUUGUGUUGUGAAAGGAGGGUGGAGCAAUGUGAUUCUGGAUAGUGCCGUCGCACACUUCUAUGCUCAGUGUGGUGAUGUUGCCAGUGCUUCAAUGAUGUUCGAUAAGAUGACCUCUCGUGAUGUCAUCUCGUGGACAACAAUGAUCACAGCUUAUGUGCAGCAUGGGCAUGGGGAUAAGGCCCUUCAGAUGUUUCCGGCGAUGAUCUCUGAGGGAUUUCACCCUAACGAGUUCACGGUGUGCAGCAUCCUCAAGGCUUGCGCAGAAGAGAAGGCUCUAAGAUGUGGGAAGCAGCUGCAUGGUGCUCUUGUGAAGAAGUUGUUCAAAAAUGACAUCCAUGUCGGCAGUGCUCUUGUUACCAUGUAUGCCAGAAACAGGGAAGUGUCUGAUGCUCAGGCAGUGUUUGAUAUGAUGCCUAGAAGAAACACUAUUACAUGGACUUCUCUGAUCUCGGGCUAUGCGCAGAGUAGCCAGGCUGAAAAGGCUAUCAUGUUGUUUCGACAGAUGAAGACGCGACGGGUGUCUGUUAACAACCUUACCAUUGUUGGUCUUCUUAGUGCCUGUGGCUCCAUAAGAUCACUCAGUCUUGGUAAGGAACUGCAUGCACAGGUAAUAAAGAAUUCGAUCCAAGAGAAUCUUCAAAUUGGGAGUACGCUUGUUUGGUGCUACUGUAAAUGUGGAGAGUAUACAUAUGCUGCACGAAUUCUAGAAGAAAUGCCAGACCGUGAUGCUGUCUCAUGGACAGCUAUGAUUUCAGGCUACAAUAGUGUUGGUCAUAGUGCUGAAGCACUCAAGUCAUUAGAUGAUAUGUUAUGGGAUGGUGUGACUCCAAAUACCUACACUUAUUCCUCAGCUUUGAAAGCCUGUGCGAAACUAGAGGCUCUGCAAGAUGGAAGGAGGAUUCACGGUGUUGUUAACAAGACUCCUGCCUUCUCAGAUGUGUUUGUGGGAAGCUCAUUGAUCGAUAUGUACAUGAGGUGUGGAAAAGUUGACGAAGCUCGACGAGUCUUCAACGCCAUGCCAGAACACAACUUGGUAACAUGGAAAGUGAUAAUUACAGGAUUUGCUCAGAAUGGCCUCUGUGAAGAGGCUUUUAAGUAUAUGUACCUAAUGCAGCAACAAGGGCACGAUGCUGAUGACUUUAUGCUUUCAAAAGUUCUGACAUCAUGCGGUGAUCUUCAAUGGAAGUCAGAUUCCAUCUCUUUUUCUGGUUCGAAUACUGGUUCACUAAGAUAGAUUUGUACUUGUUGUGCUAAUGUUAUCAUAAAGCUUCACAUUUUACCAGCUGGACAACUAUGAACCAAAUGUGAUGCACAUGUGGCUCUGCUGACUUCAGAGUGGUUGACCGGUUGGCAUAAUGUUGCAGCUCAUGCUAAAAAAAGGUGUAGUUUCCUGGUAAUAUGUGCGGAGAAUGCGUAGUUUGUGAAUAUUUUUUCAAGAAGCAUAUUUCUUUUUUCUUGCUUGAUGCUAUAUACCAAUUUAACAUGUUCUCUAAUAUUUUUCUCACUAAAUUCUGUUCUUGUUCAUUGAAAGAAUCUAAAACCCAAGAUGUUUCUUAGAUUCAGAAAGUUUCCAUCCACUUCAUCGGUUUGUUGCUUGAAUAGCUCAUUCUUGCUCUAAUGUUUAGCUUGCCAUAUAAUGUAAUCAGAUACAAACCCCUCUUAUUUCUGAACACUUGGGAAAGGUGAUGACAGAGAUAAUAAAACAAGAGCAAAUAAUUGAUGGAGUAAAGCCGUUGUAAUAGUUAUUCUAAUGAAAUGUUUUAUGUCAAAAGUAUUAGUAACAACCAGCCUGUUAUUAGUUAUCCAUAUACUCAUUGACAUUAGAUCCCCUGUCUGGCCACUUCUUUCCUUUUAUCUUCAUCAUCGAACGGGCAAACAAACUGUAAGAACACCUUUUGUGCUUCAUCUUCUAAGACACCGCUUGAUUGUUACAUUGUGAAGGAGAUUGCUAUAUGAGUUCAUGAUAGAUAUAAUUAUUGAUGAUUUCUGCAUUGAAGUCACACACUACAACUAAAAGGAGAAUGUUAGUUCCUUUUCCAGUACCAUAUGUAUUUUUGUCAUGGAAAUGCAAAGCUUACAGUGAAUACUUAAUGCAUCUGUAAAUAGUGAAAACAUUUGUGACAGAAACACUCAAUCUCCAUAUUAAUAUGUCUGACAUGAGUACAGUGUGAAUGCCAAUUUUGUUUGUUCUUGGCUUCACUUAUGUCUAUUUUCUGGUUUUGUCACUGCCUUGUAUUGUUUGUAGCAGUAAAAUUUCCCAUAUCAACAUCAAGUGUUUGGUUAAUGCUAUUGCAUGGUGCAUGAAUAGAGAACAUGCACAUGUGUCAUUUCUCUCUGUUUAUUUUCUGGAUGCAUGGCAGAUAAAUUGGCAAAAACAAGCACUUCCAUAUUUUUUAUGGUGGCAGCUGUCUGGGGCUCCAAAAAAUCUAGGUGCUGGAGCUAGGGGUAUAUUAAGGGUGUUGACAUGAGCCUUCUUUAUUCAUGUUAGACUGAAAAUUUAUGCUAAUGGUACUUUAUUUAGCCUACAAACUCCAGGUCCUGCAAGAAACAGGGAGUUGGAGCUCAUUACCUUAACUUGUCUGUGGCCCCAGAGGACAGUUCAAUUUAAUUCAGCAAACACUAGGUGUAUGCAAUUCAUGACUUAACUUUUAAGUCUGUCUGAACUUCAUUUGGAUCGUAUAGCCUGAAGAAAUUGACACCUUUCUCUUUGGGAAACCAAAACAAAACAAUUGAAGCGAUUUCAAAUAGUUGGAAUUUGAAGAACUGUAAAGUUCAGUUAAAUAUACAGAAGUGUGAUGCAGUUCUGGACUCAUACCUUUGAAGCGUCUAGAUCAUAAAUUCUGACUACAGAACUUGUGGAAGCUAACAGAUUUUGCUUUAAGAUAGACACGAUACAUCAAUCUAAUGAAUCCGAAUAUGUAUAUUGGGCAGUUUAUAAAACUAAGUAGUGAAUUGAAUGUGAUAACUCCUUUUGCACACUGUUCUAUUGCCUUCUAACUCAUAUUGCAUAAUUGCAGUUUUCUCCUCCAAACAAUUCUUUCAAUCAUCUCGCUGCUUACAAUUGGUUAUAGAAUUGGUACAUUGUAUAAACAAUAGAUUUAUGUUAGCGAUAUAUUGCCUUAUACAACAGCUUGUAUGUCAUGUAGGUGCCCCAUGUGGAGGUCUUUCAACAUGUUUCAUCUAGCAGACUAAGGCAUAGCCUAGUGAUGGAAAGGGGUUGAUGCCUUCCCACCCACCCAGGUUCAAGGCAUGGUACUUGCAAUUUGGGUUUGUUGCACCAAUUAUACUGUAGGGACCUCCCUUACCGUCUUUCUGUCAAAAAAAAAAGUUUCAUCUAUCCUCAUGGACUAUGGAUUUUUCCCAACUGGAGAUUCCAUGGAUACUAUAAACCUGUACUACUCUUUGUAUUGCUCCACACAAUAAUUUUCUAUGUGAAUAAACGGUUAUUUUGCUGAUUAUUUUAUUUUGUCUUCCACUUCUUGAAACAGGCCUUAUGACUGCAGAAAGUCAGACGGAGAAUCAUGCAAAGGGCCUACAGAUGCAAACAUGGCAGUUACGGAAACGGCCAAUGUGGAUGCUGGAGAGGAAAAGGUAAAGAUAAUCAAAUCUGGCUUUGAUCUAGUUUUGGACAGGCUGAUGGUGUUUGGUAAUGAAUAAUGAUAUUGUCGCAGCAGAAAGAAAGAAAGCUCUAAGAAUAUCUGCCCUUUCCUUCAAUUUUUUUUAUUUUACAUUAACUUUUUUUAAAAUAUGUAUAGAAAAAUUUCCCAACUUGACAAAUCCCAUGAACGCUUUCAGAUACAUAAUAAAAUCUUUGUUUUAAGGUGCGUUUUCUUGACUUUUGACUGUGCUCAUCUUGCCCUAAUCUCGAGUCCAGGUCACAACUGUUGGAAAUGACAGCCUCUCCCUUAUGGCACGGUAGCAGCACUAAGCAGCUUUCCCUACACCUUAUGGCAGCACAAAUAAGUUAAUAACUAGAGAACAGAGUGAUGAUUUUGGUGCUGCAAAGCUGGGUAGUAGUAGCGUAUUAAGCCAUAUUCAUGGAGUACAAGUAUUCGUGUUGUAAUGGACUUUGGCUACUGAACCUGGACAGGUUCAAGCUGCUUCUAGUGCUAAUUAAAUGAGCUACAAAAUAUCUAAAUUCUAGGCUACAAUACCUAGUGUGUGUACACACACAAAUGUAUAGAAACGAGAUUUUGCUACUAGAACAGCCAAGCAAAAAAUAGUGAUCAAGACGUGUCUUUA